GCAUGCGGCCCGCGCUCCUACUCUUGGUCGUCGCAGCCGCCACCGCCGCCACCAUCCAGAAGCGCGGCGUGCUGGUGGGCGCGCCCGCGCAGGUGGUGCCGGUGGCCGGGUACGUGCUGAAGCAGCGCUCGAGCGAGCGGGAGCAGCAGCAGGACUUCAGCAAGAUCCCCGGCGUGCCCGGCGUCGACUACCCCAUCUACCACUCGGUGCCACCCACCAGCUUCCACUGCGGCAACGUCCCCUUCGCGCCGGGCAUGUACGCCAACGUCGAGACCGGCUGCCAGGCGUACCAUGUGUGCCACGACGGACGUGAAGGCGAGCAAGGGGCGGCGUUCCUCUGCACCAACGGCACGCUCUUCAACCAGAAGGAGUUCGCCUGUGACUGGUGGUACAACGUCGACUGCGCCUCCGCUCCUUCCUUCUACAGCCUGAACCUGGAUCCGCUGAAGAACCCAUACGUGCCAAAGCCUAAGGUGGAAGAAGUUCCAAUUGUCGCAGCCGCACCAGCACCACAUUUCAAGAUAGUGGUGCGCAAGUAGAAGAGUCACCAUGGACAUCAUACUUCUCUCACAGCCAUUUCAUUAUUAGUUUCACAUACAUAUUUCAUUCAGUAUUACUUUGAUAAAUGUACACUGCAAAAGGAUGAAAGUUUGACCAAAUGUAAUUAAAAUGGAAGUAGCGGUCUACAGAACUUCAUCCAAAUCCUUUCCAUAGUUUGAGCAGUGUCAUCCAUGAGAAACUUAAUUUGUGAAGAAUACUGUUAAACACAUGUAACUUUAUUAGUAUUAAUAGGACAAUACAUCCACUUUUUAACACCAAAAUAUGGAAACAUUUCCUAGCUAGCAUUUAGUGCUGACAAUAAUAACUGUUAAAAAUGUUAUACACUUCACAUAGAAAGCUAAUUUGAUGUAGCUUGUAAAGUGUGCAAGAGUUUCCAUAAUAUUAUGAUAUAUGAAGAAAGUUAGUGUAUUAACUUAAACAGCAGAGCAUAUUCAGAUACUUACACAUUAAUGUCUCCUGCAAAGCAUCAUGCAAUUUUUCCAAAUUCUGUUCUUCUAAAGUGUUUGUCUGCAAAUUCUUUCAUUUCAGUGCUUGUUGUACAUGCAGCUGUCGGGUUGUGCAAUAUUAGGUUAUAGGAAAAAAAUCUGAAAAUAGGCUAAAUGACAUGAAGCACUUAGUCAAUGUAAAACAGCCUCGAAGAAUUAUUACAUACUUGUACAUAUAUCUUCUUUCAAGUAUAUAUACCAUUUUUGUAAUUUAUUAACUAGUUUGAGGAGAAUCUGAAACAUUUAAUAAUAUUAUCCGUUGUCCAGUAGCUGUCUCAUGAAAGUAGGGAUAUUGAUUGAGAAUAAGUACUGAUUUGAAGAACUAACAAUCAUAUUAAUGCAAGUACUUCCAUGCUCAGAAGUCAUCAUCUUGUAAUUUUAGAUGUAUUACUUGCAGUUUAGUAAACAUGUAUGCUUAUAACAUGUACUUAAAGCUACUAUAAUGUAUGCUUUCUCCUCCUCAGAUUAGCUUCAUUCUGUAAAUAACAUUCAUUUCAUUUAAUAACUAUCAAAUACACAAGAACAGAAGUUCAUGUGAUACAAGGAGUAUAAGAGUUACUGGAUGACGUAUUGGAUUUUACACAAACUACAGAUUUUAAUUUGUGCUCACAUACAAUUAUUAACUAAUUGAUUUCUAUUUUUAAAAUAUUUCUGUAUUUGUUAUUUAGUUACUAAAAAUACUAACAAUCCCAUAGAGUCAUGAUUUAUAUGAAUUUUACACUAUUUUACUUUACUUUACAGGUAAAUAUGUCUCCAUGUCUACAUACUCACAAAAACAAUAGUUGUUAUUUAUUAAUUUGUACUAGAGACAAGAGUAAAGCUCAGUAGCUAAUCCACGAGUGUCAAAGAAUAGUAAUAUCAGUUCCAUUGUUUCCUUUCUGUAAUUAUACAGAGUAAUGAUGUACCAUAAUGAAUUUGUAUAUAUGCCAUUUUUUAUCCUAUGAAAUAACAAUUAUUGAAUACUAAGUACCUAGUGCCGUUAAUUGCAUAUAAUCCUCUACAUUAACAUGAGUGCUUUUUGCUUCAGUCACAUUGCUGCAACUGAUACUAAAUCAUUUUGCCUGUAUUAUGAAAGAAUGAACAACAUGCACAAAUACUGUUAAAACAAUGGACUCAUUUGUUUUGGGUGUAAAUUUUUUGUACUGCAUGCUCUAACAUUUAAUUUUCUAAUUUGAUACAACAUAGAAAUAGUUUUUUCAUGAUUGUAUAACUAUUUAGAUUGUGAUUUCUACUUACACUUAUAAACUACAAUGAUGUCAUUCAGACAGUGGUACACAUAUGAAAUUGAAUAGCUAUAAUUACUGACAACUGAUAUGACUUUAAUCAAAAAUUUUAACAAACAUUUUAUAUGAAUGAAACGAAUUUACAUGUAUUGUACAAAAACUUAUUAAUUUGUUUUUAGUGAUAUUUUCUCUGCUGACUUACAUCUCAAAUAAUCAUCAUUACAGUAACAAACAAAUUUAGUUCAUGUUUUUUUAAUAUUAAAACUGUGACUUCAUUGUUAUAAUAUAUUAAUGCAUAUAAAAUUUAGUUUUUAUAUGGUUUCUAGUGAAUGCAUAGCACUUUAGUAUGUAACCGAAUUUUAAUGAUUUUUUGAAGUAUUUCUGCUCAUUGCUGCAUCACUAUACACAUUGUUUUGGAUAAAUGUCAUCUAUAUCUUACACAAUAUUCUUUCUCUACUUUUUAAAUUCUUAUUAUAAACACUCUACUUCUGAAUCUGUAUAGCUGCUGCUUUUUGUUUCUGAAGUGUUCACUUUAAAUAUAAGGCAUUCUAGAUUAGAGCAUGUGUUGAACAGUAUUCUGUCUCAGAAACACUUCACGGUGUAGAAGCUGUAUGUCACCUACAAAAGUAAUGUACAGAAUUGUUGUAUGUGAAUAAAUCAUUCGUCUUGGAACCCUA